AUGAGAAAAGAUGUCGCUGUCGGUCUGCUCCUGUUGCUUCUCUCUAUGGUUGCAAAAUGCAAUGCUGUGUCUCUGCCUGGGAAACCCGUCCUCAUUAAGUGUCGAUCCCCCGAGAAAGAGACGUUUACCUGCUGGUGGGAGCCAGGCUAUGACGGUGGACUACCAACCACACACCGCCUCUUCUACCAGAAAGAAUAUUUGGAUGGGACACACGAGUGUCCCGACUAUCACUCGGCAGGGAGGAACUCCUGUUUUUUUGACAAGAGACACACAUCCAUAUGGGUCAACUAUGUCCUGACUGUGGUAGCCUCCAAUGCCCUGGGAAACGCUACCUCCGACCCCGUUGAAGUGGAUGUCAUGUAUAUUGUGCAGCCCUGCGCCCCUGAGAACGUGACGGUGCUUGUGAAAGACGAAGGGGAAAGCCCACAUCUCCUGGUCAGAUGGGACCCCCCUCCUGGGACGGACACCCACUCCGGCUGGGUUACCCUCAUCUACCAGCUGUGGGUCAAACGGGAGGCCGACGGCAAGUGGAUGGAGUACAUGUCAGGCAAACAGACCCAUUACAGCGUCUACAGCCUCCGUGCUGGGGAGGUGUACUUGGUGCAGGUCCGCUGUAAACUCGACCACGGCUACUGGAGCGAGUGGAGUAACGCCACAUACAGAGAGGUCCCGCAACACCUUCUGAAAGAGGGACCUUUAAAUAUUUUGGUUUCCAUCUUCUCUGCUUUUGCGCUUAUUGUGGCAAUCUGCACCUUGAUUGCAAAGAGGAAAUGUGUGAGGCAGUGUCUUCUGCCCCCCGUGCCAGGUCCGAAGAUAAGAGACUUUGACGCUCAGCUUCUCAAGAGUGGGCGCCCAAAGGAUGAUCUCAGUGCCCUGAUCAUCAAUCACAGCUUUCCUCCUGUGAUGGCCUGCAAGGACCAAAUGGUGGAGUACUUAGUCGUGUCCGACGGCAGCGACGGGCCCCUGACAGAUUCGCAGAAAACGCAGUUGAGGAAAAGCUUGGCUGUUCUUAAUGGCCUCCAUCUACACCCCGGGGGCUGCGGUGGCGAGCCGACCCUUAUUCAGACGGACGCAGAGAAGGCCUGUACACCAACAGAAGGUGAUGUAGAAAGGCCGCAAAACGCUGAAUCAUCCGGGAGCAUUUUUUGUAGAGUGGGGGCACCCCAGUCACCUUCUCAAAUCUCUGCCGGGGGACACUUUACAGAGGAUGGAGUGGAGAAUUCAUCAAACCACGGUGGCAAACGCACCGCCAAAGACUGUGUCGCUGUUGCCACGGAUGGCAGUUACGUGGAACUUCAGAGACAAGAAAAGACACAGGUGGUGGACGAGAGACAGGAGGACUACAGCAGGAUCAGCGGGUUGAGCGGUGACAAUGUGCUUAUCCUCCAGAGGGAAAUCAGCCCGCUCGGUGUUCCCUGUAAAGAGAGAAGCAGCCAUGCGGUCUGCGCUAAGCAUCAUCUGACAGCCGCCACAGCAGAAGAAGACUGCACAGAACUCUUAGAUAAUGGUUAUGUAGAAACCGUCUCUUUGUCGCAUAGAAUGUGA